UAUCAAAACGAGUGUCGGCAGUGACUUUCCUGUUUGAUACUAACUCUUCUUGCAUGCUACACGCUUUUUGUUCCGCUGGAUUCGACUGCUAGCGUGUUAGUUUAGCGCAUACAAUAAUGAAGCAACUUGCCGUUUUUGCCCUUCUUAUGGUGGCGCCGGUUGCCUGGUGCGCGACAACUGCCAACGUUUGCCGAAUUGCCGGAACAGUUGUGGGAUCCGUGCUGGGAAGUAUUAACGGAACGCAACUGGAAGCCGGCUGUGCGGACACAUCCAACGCCUGCAGCAAGAACAGCAAACCCAAUGUUGCUACGAACAUCCUCGGCGGCUUGGGAAACUUCUUCGGCGGCUUUGGCGGUGCUGGACAAGUGGUGCAGGGUGCCCUGAACCUGGCCUGCAGUGAGGUCGCCACCGCGGGGAAGAUCGCCGAUGCCGCCAAAAAUAAGGAUCCCAAGGAAGCGUCCAAGCAGAUUGCGAAAGUGGUUUGCACUCCCAUCAACUAUGCGGCCAUGGUGAGCAGCUGCAAUGAGGCCGUGAAGGCCGCCAAAGUCCCCAAGGGAUCGGAUUUGACGAAGGUGAAGGGAUGCGAGAAUAUUCAUUUUGUUGACACUCUGGGAAAGGCGUGCAUUCCGCAAGCAGCGUAAUAUGAUGCCACCUUGCUUGGAUUUUUUUCUACUACUCUACUGUUUUAAGUAUUCAGCUUUAACAUGAUGUUACGGUCUAUUUUUGGACUGUGAGACAAAUAUUUUAAAUGCUUAAUGUAGUUAAAUUAGAUAAUUUGCCUGGUA